CAGCGCUGUCGGGGCAGGCGGUUUCCUGGAACCGGAUCCUCGCAGAGCCGCCUCUGCCAGCGCCGCCCGUAGCCAUGGACCUGCGAGCGGAGCUGCUCAAGUCCAUCUGGUACGCGUUCACCGCCCUGGACGUGGAGAAGAGCGGCAAGGUCUCCAAAUCCCAGCUCAAGGUGCUGUCUCACAACCUGUACACGGUGCUGUGCAUCCCCCAUGACCCCGUGGCGCUGGAAGAGCAUUUCCGUGAUGAUGACGAUGGGCCAGUGUCCAGCCAGGGUUACAUGCCCUACCUCAACAAGUACAUCCUGGAUAAGGUGGUGGAAGGUGCUUUUGUCAAAGAGAACUUCGAUGAGCUCUGCUGGACCUUGACAGCAAAGAAGAAUUACAAACCUGACCGCAAUGGGAACAGUGUCGUGUCCCACCAAGAUGCCUUCAAGCUCUGGUGUCUCUUCAACUUUCUGUCUGAAGACAAAUACCCUCUCAUCAUGGUGCCGGACGAGGUGGAGUACCUGCUGAAGAAGAUCUGCACAGCCAUGAACGUGGAGCUGAGCUCCUGUGAGAUGGAGGAUUACCUGUGCCAGGAGCCACAGGGGCAGGGUGGGCUCACGGUCUGGCAGUUCCUGGACAUGGUGAACUCGGGGCGGUUCCUGCGCGGCAUGGAGCAGGAGGCUGUGAGCAUGGCCAUAGAGGAGGUGUACCAGGAGGUCAUCGAGGAUGUGCUCAAACAGGGCUACCUCUGGAAGAAGGGCCAGUUGAGGAGGAACUGGUCAGAGCGGUGGUUCACUCUGAAGCCCAGUGUCCUGUCCUACUACAUGAGCGAGGAACGGAAGGAGAAGAAGGGGAGCAUCACGCUGGACAAGCACUGCUGCGUGGAGGUGCUGCCUGACCGGGAUGGGAAGAGGUGCAUGUUCUGUGUGAAGACCCCGUCCCGCACCUAUGAGAUGAGCGCCUCCGACACCCGGCAGCGCCAGGAGUGGACACUAGCCAUCCAGACAGCCAUCCGGCUGCAGGCCGAGGGCAAGAGGUCCCUGCACAAAGACCUGAAGCAGAAGCGCCGGGAGCAGCGGGAGCAGAGGGAGCAGCGCAAGGCAGCCAAGGAGGAGGAGACGCAGAGGCUCAAGCAGCUCCAGGAGGAGAAGGAGAGGAAGCUGCAGGAGCUGGAGCUGCUCAAGGAGGCCCAGAGGCAGGCGGAGAUGCUGCUGCAGGAGGAGGAGCAGCGGCGGAGGCAGCAGCAUGAGGAGAUGCAGAGGACCCUGCAGAUCCAGCUGCGGGAGGCUGAGCAGGCUCGGGCCUCCAUGCAGGCAGAGAUGGUGCUGAAGGAGGCAGAGGCCGAGCGUCAGCGCAAGCGCAUCCAGGAGCUGGAAGACAUGCAGGAGCGUCUGCAGGAGGCCCUGCAGCAGGAGGUGAAGGCACGGCAGGAUGAGGAGUCUGUGAGAUACGCGCAGGCCAGGCUGCUGGCUGAGGAGGAGGAGAAGCUGAAGCAGUUGAUGAAGCUGAAGGAGGAACAAGAGGAAUAUAUCAUCAAAACUCAGCGGGAGAAGCAAGUCCUCAAGCAGGAGAUGGAGAACAAGAACAAGUGUCUGGAAGAGGCACAGAAGCAGCUGGAAGAAGUGAGACUGAACAGGCAGCGGGUGGACCAAGACUUCAUGGCAGCCCAGAGGAAGCUGCGCCAGGCCAGCACCAACGUCAAGCACUGGAAUGUCCAGAUGAACCGUCUGAUGCACCCCAUUGGGCCAGGAGACAAACGUACACACGUGAGUGGAGGCGGCUUCGCUGGCUACCAGCCCCUCCUGUCCCAGAGAGAUUCCUCCCUCAAACUCAAGCAGAAAGUGGAGGAUAAAGGCAGUGACCCCACAAGGGACAUCAGCAAGGAAAAUGUGAGCAAUGGUGGGAACAGCAGCAUGCUGCCCUCUCCGGAUGCGGACACCAUGGCCACAGAGCCUAGCAACUAGCCUGGAGGAUGGCAGAGCCCAGUGGGGAGCUGCAGGGCACAGCACAUCUCUCUGAGCAGACACAGCCAACACAGCCAUCUCUGGAUGGAGACAAGUGGGGACCAGCACAGAGCCUGGAGAUGACUGCACAGGAGGCAGAGAUGCUCCCUUUUCCUUCAGGAAGGUUUGCAGCCACCACAGGCCAGGAGGCUCAGCCCCAUCAACAUGGGGCUCAGACAGUCCCAGACAGCAGCAGAGCCAUCUCCUCAGGGCUGCCCUGGUGUGGGACUUGGACUCGGGUCCCCAGGCUCUGCUUUCCACCAGUGGGUCUGGACAAUGUGGCCCAGAGCUGCAGUUCCCCCUUGGUUUCCACCAGCAACCCUUCUGCAUCGCCCGGUGUGCCCAUGGGUGCAUGGCCCUGCAACAGGAAGCCUUGGCAGGCUGAGAAGAACCUUCUGAGCACCACACAGAAGGGCUGUGGUGUCUUUAACUAACACAGGCAUUCUCUGAAGGUGGUUCUUAGUCACUGGAGCCACACAGGUAUUAGUAGAAACCAACAAGCAAUAAAGCUUUUGGAGCUGCU